UUAGAAAAUUAGUUUAGACAUCUCCCGAUUUUUUGCAUGCAUGCUGGAAAAGUCAACAGUAAUAUUUAUAGAUAUGACAAGACCGUGUUCUGUCUUUCUGUCUAUCUAUCAUAUGUGUGUAUUAUAGUAACAUCACUGCAGACUGGUCCCAUGGGAGUUGAUUACAUUCCCACAGAGGAGGAGAGGAGAGUUUUCAGAGAGUGCAAUGAGGAGAGCUUCUGGUACAGAUCUCUGCCUAUAUCAGUCAUCAGCAUGGGCCUCACCCAGUUUCUGAUCUCCAGAGGUGCGCUCACAGCCUCCGGGAGAUUUGGCUCUUUGCCCAAAGUAGCCUUUGCUGGUUUUUGUGGUUACAUCGGAGGUAAGAUAUCAUAUUUGAAGACUUGUAAGGAAAAGUUCAAAAGCUUGGAGAAUUCGCCACUUGGGGAGGCACUGAAACGGAGAGAGCAACGUCGCCCACCAAUGCUUACCCAUGAGCACACAGAGUUAAAUGAUGCAGACAAAACUGGCUUUAGACCGACGUCUCAACUCGAUGAUCAAAGAACUCAGUCAUUCUCCUAUGCAAGAGAUUUCAAAUACGACGAUCCCAUGACCUCAGCAUCUCAAUCUGAUACUAGCAUACAAAACAAACCCGUUCUGUAUGAAGAUCUACGGAGUAAAGAUAAAGAAAACUAUGACAUUACAGUAACUCAGAAAUCUGACAUACAGUUAAACCAUACGCCUGAUGUCACCUCAGCCAAGAAAGGAAAGAAGAAUAUAUAUGGAGACACAUGGGAGGAGUGAGCUCUGUAUGCUGCCUUUUUGUCAAGAUUCAAUGUCAUUUUAACUGUGUAUGUGAGUGAUGCUUGUCUAUUAAAAAAAACUGUCCAGUUGGUAGGGCAUUCUAGUUGGUUAUUUAGUCAAAAUAAAUAAACCUACAGUCUCUGUGAUAUUUUGGUCCCUAUAUAAUUAAAAUUACUAUAAUUAAAUCUAUAUCUUCUCCACCAGGCACAUGAUGUG